AUCCAUCAGAACUCUGCAUUUCAGGGACUAUGCAGUACAGCAGUGCCUAAAUAAGUGAAGAAUGAAGUUCUGCAACUGCAUGCUGUUACUGUCUCUGGUACUGUGUGUCAGUGCCCAGAACUGGUUCACUAAUGCUGGAGCAUUCAUAAGGGAUGCUUAUCGAGGUGCCGGGGAUAUGUGGCGUGCUUACGAUGACAUGCGGGAGGCAAACUAUAAAAAUGCAGACAAAUAUUUCCAUGCUCGUGGGAAUUAUGAUGCUGCCCAAAGAGGACCUGGUGGUGCAUGGGCAGCAAAAGUUAUAAGUGAUGCCAGGGAAGGUUGGCAGGGUGGCAUUAGUGGCAGAGGAGCAGAAGACACCCGUCAAGACCAGGAGGCAAAUGCCUGGGGUAGAAAUGGAGGAGACCCAAACCGCUACAGACCAAAGGGCCUUCCUUCGAAAUACUAAUGCAGCCCAUAAUAGUUAACAGUAGUUCUAUUGUACCAACUGUGCAAAGAACCCACAAUAAAUAAAAUCUUAAAAUU